UCGCACAUUGUUCUGUGUCGCCGAUCUGGCAACGCUACCAGUUGGUGCAACACAUAUUUUUUUUGUCUUAAAUUGUUGUUUAUUGUUAAGUUAAGAAUAUAGUGACCAAUCUACCAUAUAUACAACCACAUUCGGUUUUAAAUCCCACCAUACUCCCUUGUGAAAAUUCGCCCAGAAUUCCCACAAGUGAAUCAAAUGCAACGCAUCCGAAAUCAGUCGCGUGCGUGAUUCGCACGAUAUCCGUCGUUAAAUAUAUAACGUCCAUAUAAUCGGACCAAGAUGAGCAAGUUCCAAAAGGAGCGCAAGGACGCAAAGUUCAGGUACUACAUGGAGAAGUACUUCGUGCUGCCGCUGGAUCUGAAGAACGACCUCAUCUACUGCCAGCGUUCGCUGCGCGAUUUCCUCAAGGUCCACGCGUUGGUCUCGGAGGUCUUCGAUGAGCAGGCGGAUGCGGAUCCAAUACAGAUGCGUCGCAUCUUGGACGAACUGGAGGAGGAGGUGUACGAGAUCAAUGCCGAGCAGAAGUUCCUGCUGCUACGCCUCAACGAUAGCCUAAUGGAAUUCUCCGUGAAGCUGAAGGAGAACAACAUCGUGUUCCUGCCGGAAAUCGCCAAUGAGCACGUUUCCGCCCAGGUAGUGCCUUUGAUCAGCGAUCUCAGCUACAAGAUCACGCCGCAGUCGGUGAUGGCUCGUGAUACCGAGGAGAUGCUCAUUCGCAAGCACUUCCUGCUGAGCCAGGACGAUGAGGCCGGCAUGCCGCCGCUCAAGCUCAGCGAAUUGGAUGAGAAUAUACCAUUGAUGCUGGCUCCGCCGGUUAAGGGAUUGGGUCAGCAGAUCGCCGCCGUUCAGCCGGAGCCAGAGUGGCUCAAAGCCGAUGAGGCAACAGUGCCAGUGCCACCGCCGCCGCCACAAUCGAAGUCGAAGCUGAUGAAAGGGUCGCUGGAUUCGACCACUGUCAAGCGGGAAAAAAUCACCCGCAGCUCACCGCCGCCCUUGGCGCCCAUAACCCAAACCGCGGUGGCUGAGGUGCCAUCAGUACCUCCAUCACCACAAGCUGAAUCUGCACCAGUGAACUUUCAGGUCGUGGCCCAGAGUCGCAAGAACUUGCAUCAGGCAUUGAGGAGAGCCAGAAAGACGAAGCAGCAGCCACGUUUGUUCGACGACGAGGAGGACCUGGAGAUCACCAGUUUGCAGAACGGUCGCAACAAGAACAAGACGAGCGAUGGCAAGGGAACACCGCCAUCGCUGGAGCCAACGAAUGCUGCCGCCAAUCAGGCAGCCAAGAAGACCAUCCCACAAAUGUCUAGUCAGGGGACGGCGAAGAACAAUACCGUGAAGACGAAAAACACGCGCAGGAAAUCCUCGCCAACGCCCACAGCCAGUGGACAGCCGCAGCCAGCGUUAUCGUCAUCCGGCAGUUCCGAUGAUUCCAGUGCCGAGCUGCAGCAGGAGCAGCAAAGACGCGUCGCAUCCGCCGCCCAGUGGCGCGAUGAGCCGCGCGAGAGCCGCACCCAGCCGGAGGAGUACGGCCAGGAGACGUUCCUCGGCCUCUUUGAGCUCUACUCGCCGGAGGUGCUCAAGAAGCUCAGUCAGCGCCACUCGAAGCGCAAGCGUCGCACCGUUCAGAAUGCCAGCGGUGUGGAUUUCCACUAUGGCCAGCAGUUGAAUGCCGUGGACGCAUUGGUCAUGGGCGUUCGUGGUCAGAAGAAGAACAAGGAGAAGUCCGAAUUCCUUCUCUCGCCGACGGAGAAGCGUCUGCAGGCCAACUCGAAAAGGACGUACACACGCAAGAGCAAGUCGCCGGACGAGGUUACGGAGAAGAGCAGCGCAGGAGGAGGAUCUGGCGCAUCGGGAACUGCGUCUUCAUCAGCCUGUCAGCAUAAAGAAGGCGGUGCCUCCAAGUGCCGCAAAUGCCGCGAGUGCCGCGAAUGCAAACGUCGUGUGGAGACCGAAGCGAUGUACUGCCACUUGUGCAGCGGAUUAUACCACAUGGACUGCCACGAGUUCACCAAAAAUCGCCAGCUGAUGCAGCUGCAGAACUCUCGCUGCCCCCCAUGCUUGCGCGAGAAAGAUAAGUUGGAGAAGUAGCGCGUUGCCACGUGAACCAAUGAUGUUCAAUACCCAAUUUUUGUUUCUCAUUCACAAAGGAAUGUGUAUUUUUGAAUCAACCCUAGUUGCCUCCUCAGUCCAAUGGACAUAGGCAUUUAUAAGACGCCUCCCUCUGUUCCUUCUUGUGGCUCUCCAACGCGAAUUUGCAGCUCCACGCUCGUCUUUCAUACAUUUUUGUCUUUCUUUUUUCAGCAAGGACGAGGGAUAGUAUUUAGGUUUAAGUGAAGUUAAGUUUUUUCCUACACUCUCAUAAUUAAGAAAAAAGUUUGUAUCUACUCGAAGGAGUGAUUUAAUUAAAUAUAUGCAUAUAAUAUUGUGUUUUUGCGAAUAA